GAGCAAACUCCCAUCUUCCCAUAUAAGAGAGGUUUCUCCUCCAAAAGGCCUUUGGUCUUCGGGGACGGAGGAACUCGAUGGGAGGUGGCGGUGUCAGCGAGGGAGAGGGGGUCAGUGAAUUGAGCGGCGGAGAUGGGGUUACAAUUAACAUUAGGAGCUCGAACGGCUCGAAAUUCUCUCUUCAGAUUGAUCUCGAAUCAACCGUCGAAUCGUUCAAAGACGUACUGGCUGGGAAGUGCGAUAUCGCGGCCGAUCAGCAGCGCCUAAUUUACAAGGGCCGGAUCUUGAAGGACGAUCAAACCCUAAAGAGCUAUGGUUUGGAGGCAGAUCACACCGUCCACUUGGUUCGAGGUUUUGCUCAAGCCACAUCUACCAAUCCUUCUCCUGCCGCUGUGGCAACCAUUGCUGGAGAUUCAAAUAAUGCUCUAGGUAAUGCAAGAGAAGCAGGUGCCAUUGGAGGUGGGGAACUUGGAGAGUCUGGUUUUGGAGCUUCACUAUUUCCUGGACUUGGCGUGGGUGGUUUAAGUGGUAAUGGUGGUUUAUUUGGAGCUGGACUUCCAGAGCUUGAACAAGUGCAGCAACAGCUGACUCGGAACCCCAACAUCAUGAGAGAAAUAAUGAACAUGCCUGUUGUUCAAAACCUUAUGAAUAACCCAGAUAUUAUGCGAAAUAUGAUAAUGAACAAUCCUCAAAUGCGUGAAUUAAUUGAUCGUAACCCGGAACUGGCACAUGUUCUAAAUGAUCCCAGCACGCUUCGUCAGACACUGGAAGCUGCAAGAAACCCUGAGCUGAUGCGCGAGGUGAUGCGCAAUACUGACAGGGCAAUGAGCAACAUUGAGGCUACUCCCGAGGGAUUCAACAUGCUUAGGCGCAUGUAUGAAACUGUUCAAGAGCCAUUUCUGAAUGCAACGACAAUGGGUGGGAAUACUGGAAGUGACGGUUCAAACCCAUUCACUGCUUUUUUGGGAACACAAGGUGGGAGCCAACCCAGAGAUGGAUCAACAAACCCAUCAACUACAGGCUCUGAAACUACUGCUGGUUCUCCUGCACCAAAUACUAACCCCCUUCCAAACCCAUGGACUUCUGCUGGCACGGGAGGUGCUCAAACUAACCCCAUAAGGUCAAGUAGUAGCGGAGAUGCAAGGCAACCAGCACCCGCUGGGCUAGGUGGACUUGGUCUUCCAGAGGUUGGAGGCAUGUUGGGUGCUAUGCCAGAUCCUUCUUUAAUAACUCAGUUGAUGCAAAAUCCAGCUAUUUCACAAAUGAUGCAGAGCGUCUUUUCCAACCCCCAGUAUAUGAACCAGAUUCUUGGUCUAAAUCCUCAACUCCGCAGUAUGCUUGAUUCCAAUCCUCAACUGAGAGAAAUUUUCCAAAACCCCGAACUUCUUCGUCAGAUGACUUCUCCUGAGACUAUGCAGCAAUUGUUAACCAUGCAGCAAUCUGUCCUCACUCUGCUUGGUCGGCAACAGUCAACCCAAGAACCAGGUCUGGCAACUCAGACCGGAGGCGGCACAGGACCAGUUACCAAUGCAGGUUUGGAGAUGUUGAUGAACAUGUUUGGUGGACUUGGGGCUGGCAGUCUUGCUGUACCAACAAGAUCAAAUGCGCCGCCUGAAGAAUUAUAUGCCACCCAAUUGGCACAGCUUCAAGAAAUGGGUUUCUUUGACACACAGGAGAACAUAAGGGCAUUAAUUGCAACUGCAGGGAAUGUUCAUGCUGCUGUUGAGCGACUCUUGAGCAACUCUGGUCAGUAGUUUUGUGGUUGGUCAGCUUUCUUUAUGUGAAGAACCUGGACGUGAGAUUGAAUCGGGGCCAGUUUAUUGAGUUCCCAUAAUGAUAGAAAGGGCUGCGAACCUCUUGCUAUAUUAUUUGAUUAUUGGAAGGUCGCACUAUGUUAGUUUCUUGUACAUACUCGAAAGUUUAGUUUUCUCAUAUACAUUAUUUGCUGAAUUUUGGAGUACUACCGGUUACUAUUAAUUAGAAUCCUUGUUUUCCUUUUU